GCCGCCGCCCGGGAGGAGGAGGAAAGAACGGAGGCGACGCUAGGACAGGUGAAGUGGCAAGAUGUGGAGCAACAAACAAAAUGAGGUGCCUUUACAAAAUUCAAGGUCCUCCCUCAACAGGGAUUCCAUCACAGACUUAACUACCGCAUGGGAUGCUUUUUCACAGACUAAAGCAGCGCUGCGACACAUUGAAAAUAAAUUGGAAGUAGCUCCUACCAGCACAGCUGUGUUAGAUUCUGUCAUGGACGCCAAGAAGCCAUCUGCCAGUACUACCAGGAAAAUAAGUAGAAAAGCCUACAGGUCUUCCAGUCAAAAAAAAGAGAGAUCUCCCCGCUGUCCUCUGCGUGCUACCACUUUGGAUAGUAAUGUGAAAAAGGGCGGACAUGUUGAAUUUCAUGAGCCCCUGGCUUCAUUUAGGGACUCACAGUGGUCCUCAUCUUAUAAAACCUCUUGCCCGUCGGAGAUAUGUUUGAAGCAUGAAGCCGGGAAUAAGACUGAAGGAACGAGUCAUAUGGCCUAUGAAAAGGAUGAAUCAGAUUUGCAAAAAAGAGAUUUCAAAAGCCCAUCUUCUACAGAUGAAACUGUUGUUAGAUACUUGAAUGACCGACCAGCAAUCGAUGCCUUGCAGAACUCAGAUCCUUUCUUUAAAGCUGUAACUCCUACAAGAUCAGAGGAGGAAAAGACAGAGGGAUCCAGGGAUGACUAUACUAAAACAUCUCUUAGCACCGCUGUCCCAGAUGUCGAACUGAAAGACCCACAGUUGGCUGAAUCUUCAGCUUCCUCUGCCAGUACCUCCAGUGCCCACAGGCUAGAUAUCUUAAAGCAUCACCACCACGAUGCUAAGCUGGAAAAACUGAAGGAACGGAUUAGGAAGCAGUGGGAAUUUCAAGAAGAACUGAAUAGCAGAGGACAGUUUCGGGACUAUGUUGAUCAUCCAGUAAUCGUUGCAGCUGCAGAGAAUACAGUAACCCCUAAAGUCAGAAAAGUGGCGGCUGCACCCCCUCCUCCCUCAUAUAAAGGUUUCAAUCCAUCAGAAGCCAAGAUUCGUACUCCUGAUGGAAAAGUGUGGCGUGAACAAGAAUUUCUCAGUCUCAGUAGAGAGCUAUGUCGAGACUUGGAAUUCCAGUUAGAAGAAGAUGAUUCUGCUGUGAAAGACAUACCGGCUGAAAAAAGUAAGGAGCGAAAAGCAACCAAAACAGUGCGCAAAGUCCAGAAAGUGACAGAGCUACCAGGAAGUAUCAACAUAAUAAGUGUGUCAUCCUGGCGGAAUGGACAAAGACUGGCAAAGAAGGUACUAGGUCCAGCACCUAAACUACUGCAAUAUUCAUCUUCCAUUGAGAGAACCGGGAGGGAUAGGUCCAUUAAAUCUGCAUCUCUCUUCGCGAAGACAGAAUCUGAUCCCGUGCAGGGUGGGAUCAUAAGACCCUGCUCAAGAAGCCCUAACCAAUCCCGGAUUAAAAUAAAAAGGGAGAAUAGCUUGAGGAAGAGAGAUGCUGCUCUUAAGAAUGCUAAACAGAAAGAUGACCAUGUUAAUAAGGACUUCUUGCCGGUGGAGAUCCAAGGAAUUCUUGAUGAUCUACAACUGGAUUCUGUGGCUCAGCAUAUGAAGCAAGAGGCGGAUGAAGAAAAUCAGAGUUCAGAAGUGCCUGCUGCAUUUACCAGGAGCCAUAGCCCAACCAAGAGAAAACCAGACAAACUGGGUUCCAACGAAGAGUCUCAAGUCAUUUCCAAGAAACGCCACUACGAUUCAGAUAAAGUUCGCCAGUAUAUUAUUAAACAGCAAGAAGAAAGGAAGAAGAAGCAGAGCGAACAGAAGAAAGCACAAAAGGAGGCAACAGAACAGAGGAACAAGAGACUUCAAGAACUCUACAGGAAACAGAGAGAGGCUUUUGCUAGUAAGCCAAAGAGUGCAUCGGCUCCUGAGCUAGUCCCCAAACAAGUAUCAGAGACUUACUCCAAGUUGUUCCUAGAUCAAGCCUUGUUGGAGGCGCCACGGCCCCCACUCCUACAGGAUGUACAGCCCAAACCUGGAUAUCAGCCAUCUGGAGAAUCUGACAAGGAAAACAAGGCGCAGGAGCGUCCACCUAGUGCAUCCUCCAGUAGCGAUAUGUCUCUGUCUGAGCCUCAUCAUGCUCUAGCUAGGAACAAUUUGUUGGAGCCUGUGUGGAUUCAGCCAGAUAGACUGGGUUCAAAAUCCCAGCCACCUUGCCCACAGCCGUCUACUGUCUUGAGCGGAGGUCUCUUUUCCCAGCUUCUGUCUCUAGAUCACAUGAGUGUCUUGCAAAAGGACUUUGACUCUGUGUGGUCAACCAGGAGGAGCCAAAGCACAGCUGUGGGAUCCAUGCCUUUGGCAUCUCAGCCAGUUAUAUCAUCUACAAUACAGCCCACCAUUAGUCAGUAUAAAAGUAAACUGGACCGUAUUGAAGCCCUGAAAGCAACAGCAGCUUCUUUGUCAAGCAGAAUUGAAAGUGAAGCCAAGAAAUUAGCUGGAACCGGCAUCGAUUAUGGAGCAGCAUGGAACUCUGGACGUGACUUGGUACAAGGAAAUCAGGGCGAUGGCUACUGGGCAAAGGCCAGCAGUCCCCCUGUGAGAGAAGAGACUGAUGUCUUCUCAGCCAGGCUUCAGAAAAUGUUGAGUACCUGUGUGUGUCAGACAACUUUUGACGAUAACCUUCCUGGAAUGGGAAGUCUUAGUGAGUUUAAAAAGCUCCCAGAGACCAUCAGCCCUCAUACUGCAGCUCUCAGUCUUCCAGCCAAACAGAGAUCUGAAGGAAUAGUAGGAAACCUAUCCAAGAAGCCAAACUGCUCCCCUAAGGCUGAGAGUAAAGUUGUAGCUCUGCAUGAUUGUAGCGCAGACUCAAUCAGCGAGGGGCCUCUCAGUGAUCAUCUCCUGUCUGAAGAGGAGGGAGACCAGUACAAGCACUUACCUUUGAAGACAGCCGAGAUGUUGAAGGAAAAAGAGUUCUGUGCCGCAGACAAAACUGGCUAUGAGCUCAUAGAGCAAUUUCAGAAAGAAGCAGAAAAGUAUUUACCCAUUUCCACACAGAUGAGGAGUGUUUCAAGGCCUUGGGAAGGACUGUCCAAAGGAAGUCCACACAGUGUCAUCAACAUCUUCACAAAAUCUUAUCAGCUGUGUGGGAAAGGAUUUGAGGAACAGUCAGGAUCAGGAUCACCAAUCCAACAACCUUCACUUCCAAUAAUGAGCCCUCCAGCUAGCAUUGGUUCAUAUGAGGAUGACUUCAUCUCAUCGGAGGGCAGUGGAAUGGUGACAGACAAAAAGUCUGCUGUUGAGGCCAGUGUUCGCAGCAGCAGCCCAAGCCUAAAAGAAGAGUUUAUCAGCCAGAAAUCACCUUGUGAACUACAAGCUAAAGAGUUUACUCACCAUUCCUCAGGAUCUCCAUCUGUCAGUUCUUCUUGCUCAUCUGCAUCUUCUAAAAGAAAAGGGAAAAAGGAAAGGCUGGAAUCUUUUACUGGGGCUUCUCAUAUAUCUUUGCAAGAAGAAAACAACACUUCUGCAGAAUCGGACCACAGACUGUCACAGACAAAGACUUCAGUGCCUAUCAAUGGAGCAUCUCGUAGAGAACAAGUGCAGAAUCCAGACUCUGACAACACAUUAGAAGAACUAUCUGGUCACUCCUUGAUGAGUCUCCCAGAUAAGUUAAGAUCUCCAAGGACAGCAAGCUCUGCAAGCUCUCCUCAAUCUCCAGGUGGACCGAAACCACUGGAUUCUGCCCCAGAAAAGACUAGAUCCUCUUCAUGCCCUCCAGCAUCUAUCAUUCCAGGAUCCAAGCCAAAUCUUGCCUUUUCUGGAACCAGCAGGACUGGAGCAGGUGUUGUGAAUGGCGCCAUGCGUUUCUCCCCUGCUGGUCUCCAGCAGCGUAUGUCAGCAGAGCUAAAUUACUUGUGUACCAUUGAAGAGUCUGUGCGGCACCUGUCAGAUAUGGAAAGGGUACGGGGCAUUUCACUCGCACAACAGGAAAGUGUCUCACUGGCUCAAAUACUAAAGGCCCAGCAGCAACGACAUGAGCGGGACUUGGCUCUUCUGAAACUCAAAGCAGAGCAAGAAGCUUUGGAAAGCGAGAGGCAAUUGGAAGAGGCACGGCAGAAAGCAGCUCAGGCCCAUGCAGAGUCACUGCAGCAGCUGGUGCAGUCCCGGCAAGAGGCAGCUGAGGCUCUCCAGGAAACUACAUGUAAGAUAGCAGCUCAGCAGGUGGAGGCAGCUCUUCUCACCACAGAUGCUGCUCGGCAGAUCCGUAAGAUGACAGAGCUAGCCCAUGCCCAGAUCUCAGAUGCAAUCAGUGUUCCUGCAGCUCCGAUUACCAUGCUGUUGGACCAAGAACGGAAGCAUCAUGCAACGUUCAUAAAGAAACUAAAAUCUCACUCUGAUACAAGCAGGAAAACAGAAUCUGUUACCUCUUCGCAAAAUAAAGAGGAGAUGGGUGACUCAAAGCACUAUUACUCUCCUUCAUUUGAUAGUUAUUCAGAAUCAUCAAGAUCAAAGAUACACGACCAGAGCAGCAGCAGCAGUCGCCAGGAAAGUCCAUCUGUUCCAUUUUCUAAGGAAGCCAAAAAAGCCCCCCGUCGUGAAAAAUCAAACAGUUCCAUUGAGGAAGAGGGUCUGACAGCUGUGUACGAUUCCCUGCAGAGUAACAGCAUUCCAUCCAUCCCAGAUGAGAGAGAUUCAACUUCUGUUGCUACAGAAUAUUCCCUGAAAUUUGAUGAAUCCAUGACAGAAGAUGAGAUUGAAGAAAAGUCCUUCCGGUCCUUGCUACCUUCUGAGAGCCACCGCCGGAUCAACUUGAAGAAACGAGGUCACCAUGAUUAUUCUGAUGAGGAAGCUUCUCCUGGAAAGCCGGCCUUGUUACCUGUCAAAGAGCUGAGCCUGCCAUUCUCAGGAGGUCAAGACAGUUUUUCCAAAUUCACAAUGGAAAUGGUGCGGCAGUAUAUGAAGGAAGAAGAAAUGCGGGCAGCUCAUCAGUCCUCGCUGCUCCGAUUGCGAGAAAAAGCACUGAAAGAGAAGACCAAGGCUGAGCUAGCCUGGCUAGAGCACCAGAAAAAGCGCUUGAGAGACAAAGGAGAGGAUGACAAGAUGCCGCCUAUCCGAAAGAAGCAGAGAGGCCUGCUUAUGAAGCUGCAGCAGGAAAAGGCAGAAAUUAAGCGUCUUCAGGAGGCUAAUAAGGCUGCCCGGAAGGAGAGGCAACUGAUCCUUAAGCAGCAGGAAGAGAUAGAGCGAAUACGCCAAACUACUAUGAAACUGCAAGAAAAACUGAAAUCUGCAGGGGAAAAUAAGCUGGAGCAUCGCAGUGAGGACGAUGCAAAAGAAACCCAUUCUUCCAGCCCGCUGCCAACAGAUGCGGAGCCCUGUAGCCCUUCUUCUGUCUCCAGCAGUGAGACCAGCAGCAUUAUGCAGAAAUUAAAGAAAAUGCGCAGCCGGAUGGACGAGAAACACUGCUCUCCUGUUCACUACUUCUUCUCUGUCUUUACGUCUCACCACUGGGCCUCUCUCAGUGUCUGUUUUCCCAACCUCCAUCCCAAAUUCCAGCUGUAUAUCUACAACCAAUUGGUCAGGUUCUUAACAAAGCGAGAGCAAAAGCUGAUGCAACGGCGCCAGCAUGCUGAAGAACUGCUGCAGUGGAAACGCCGCCUGGAUGCAGAAGAAGCAGAAAUACGUCAGAUAGAGAAACAAGCCUUGGCUGCUUGGGACAAAGAACUGCUUGAAACAAAAGCAGCAGGAGACCAGAAUGACCAAAAAGGAACUGCCAGUGAAGAAGAUUCUUCAGUGCCACCUUGUCCUUGCUUCGAGAGUGGCAGCUCUGUCCCAGAGGAACUGGGCAAUCCAGCUGCUGCAUCUGACCCACCAAAGGCCUUGGAGGUCCAAGGGCAGCUGGGAAGCCCAGAUCACACUACUCUUAUGGAAGAAAUCAUUUAUUCACAGGAAACCGAAACUUCUGCCUCACCUGGGAAACUUUCUCCUUCAAAAAGCAGCACGUCCUUGUCAAACCGAGGGUCCAGCAAAGUGACCCCCAGAAUGAGUGGGCAGCAGCAUUUACCAGUCAGAUCCCAGGAGGUAUCCUAUAGUUGGUCUGAUGAGUCAUUAUCCAUGACCCAGUCAGAAACCACCUCAGAUCAGAGCGACAUUGAAAGCCGAAUCCGGGCUCUAAAGGAUGAGUUACGGAAGAGAAAGUCUGUAGUCUACCAGCUGAAAAAAGAGCAGAAAAAGAGGCACAAGGAGAGGCUGAAAGCCCAGGAGGCUAGCUUGAUCAAACAGCUAGAGACUUAUGAUGAAUUCAUCAAGAAGACUGAAGCAGAGUUGAGUCAGGAUCUGGAGGCAGCGCCUACAGCUAAACCGCAAAUUAAAACUCCAUCUUCUGUUACGGAGAAACCAAAGAUCAAGCCACCCCCACUCCACAGAUCUGAAACGACGAAAAGUUGGAAAUCGCUGACUGAUUCUGAACGUUGCAGGGGAUCACUGGAGUCCAUUGCAGAGCAUAUCGAUGCUGUAUCGCAUUCUGACAGAUCUGACUCUUCAUAUACCAAGAAAUUAAUCGAGGCAGAGAUUCAGACAGAGGGGCGUUUCCAAGCUCCAUCCCCAGGCCUCAAGGUCCCACAAAAAGCUGAAGCGGAAUCUGGUGAUGUGCUGGAUGGUUUCCCCCACUUGGCUGUUCUCAAAGAUUUAGGAGACUCGAGCAGAACAUCCCGUCUGUCACUGAACACUUCUGAAGAUGUGACAAGUUUUGAUCCUAUUGUUUCCACUAACAGAUCUGUGGUACAAGAAGAAGUAGAGUCUGUAAAAUCAGAAGACUCUGAGCCAGAUGAUACCCACAGGCUUUCUGGAAAAUCCGUUGCUUCUGCUUUGGACACUGAGCAAAAGAGUUGCCCACCAGUCUCAUUAAAGGCAAGGGCUGAGAUUGGCUUGGCUGCUACCUGUGUUCAAGAUGCAAAGGAAAUUCCGAAGCAAAAGGAACGUGACAGGAAUGGUGAAUGUGCUGCAUCGGACCAAUCCUCUCAGAAGCUAGAUAAGACUUUGCUUUCAGAACAGCCACCUGUUUGCACAGAGCCCUUGUAUCCUAAUGAUUUUGAGAGAUCUUCAGAGAGAGAACAUAGGUCAGACGAGGGGGCACCUCAUAAUGAAUAUUACAAGGAUGAAUUUGACACCUCUGCAUCCUCUCUUGGAAAAGACUCUAGGUCACAGGGAGAGAAAUCGUGGUAUACAAAAGCUCCUAGGAGCAGAUCCCCAAUUAUUGGAAGUGACGAAGAAGUAAGUGAAUAUCUCAGUGACAGAGCUCUGUCUGUGGGUUCUAGUGUUCAUUCAGAAAGAUUAUUAAUCCUGAAAUCGCCAACAGAACUGCUGAAAAGUAAAGAGCGCAGUGAUGUGGAGGGAGAAUCCGUUCAUGUUGAUCCAUCAUUCUGGGCUUCCUCUUCCAUGACAGAAGAAGAGGAAAAUACUCUGCAAGAUUUCAGCAUUGGUGACAGAGUCCUUGUCAGUAACGUCCAGCCUGGGACACUGAGAUUUAAGGGCCUGACAAAUUUUGCUAAAGGAUUUUGGGCCGGUGUGGAAUUGGAUAAGGCCGAAGGAAGGAAUAACGGCACUUAUGAUGGCAUUAAAUAUUUUGAUUGUAAAGAAAAACAUGGCAUUUUUGCUCCUCCGCAAAAAAUCUCACGGAUUUCAGAGAGUUUUAGUGGUCUCAUGGACACAGAGGAGCACUCUUUCUGUACGAUGAAACUAGAUCCCAACCACAAAGCAGACCACAAGUACAGAGAGAGUUCUGGGGAAGCAGAAGAGGAGAUUGAGGGGACAAUUGUGAGUGAGAGAUCUCUCCAGGAUAAAUCACAAAGCGGCGCAUCGUCCUUAGAAGAUUCCAUAGCAGCUGAAGCCUAUUUAAAACUCAGUGCCCAAAAAAGCCAAAUUGUUGCUGCUGUUGAAGAAGUGCUUUCUGAAGAACAGAGUGUUGUCAAUUCUCUAAAGUCCUCAGCAGAUGACAACCAGCUCUUGCCUGCCUCCAUUUCUGAUGCCCUUAGAAAGACGUCAACUGUUGCUGUGGAAGGGGUCGUGGAUGGAAUCGUCCCUGAGAAAUGGAAGCAACAGCAGCCCUCAUGGCAGGAAUACACUGAAAAGUCAGAGAGCCUUUCCUCAGGAGUGCUGGAGAAGUCCACAACUCCCCUCCUGGACUUGCUCACAAAAGAAAGGAGGCAAUUAGAAGCCCAGCUGAGGCUCCCAUCCCAUGAGGAAGACGAAUCCAAAGACCAACAGGAAAAAGUGGGCUUGUUGACGGACAGCCUCCUGCAGGUGUUUGUGAAGGACACUGUUAGUCAGCUGCAGCAAAUCAGAAAGACCAGGAACGAGAAGAUUCAGUUCAGUAAUCAAGAACUAGCUGCUGUCCAAGAGCAGAAGCUGGCAGCUGGUGACUCGCUGAGCAUCUUAAUAAGUUCUCAGUUGGAGGAUGGAGAAGAAGUGUCCUCUCCCGACUUGUGUCCCAGGCCCGAGAGCCCCGUAUUUGGUGCCAGUGGGCAGGAAGAGCUUGCCAAGAGACUGGCAGAGUUGGAGCUUAGCCGGGAAUUCCUGAGUGUGUUAGGAGAUGACCAAGAUUGGUUUGAUGAGGACUUUGGCUUGAGUACUCGCAAACUCCCUCCGAAGCAAGCUGAAGAAUCAGCAGUGCUGCCCAAGGUAGAGCCUCCUAAAGUGCCCCCCAAGCCAUGUGAAGAGCCCUUAGCUGUCCCACACACUGCAGAGGAGGUGGAGGUCUUGGUGCAUGAGGCAACUGAGGAACUGUGGAAGUGCAAAGAACUGGGGCAUGAUCUUCAGGCUGCUGGUUUUCCCAGAGAUCUGAGUGAUUCCUUUAAAGAUGACGACAUUGAAGCCAUCAGCAAACAAAUCUAUAAACAGGCUGUGUUUGACUUAACAAGAGAGAUUUUUGGAGAAAUCUUUGCGGAAGAUCCAAAUUUGAACCAACCUAUAUGGAUGAAACCCUGCAGGAUCACUUCUACUUACUUCCGUCGAGUAAAAGAUCCAGGUGACCUUGAGGAAAUCAAGAGCUUCAUAGCAACCGAGGUGUUAAAGCUGUUAAAUUUGAAAAAGGAGCCAAACAACAAAAUGGACUGGCAGAAAAUGAUCAAAUUUGGACGUAAAAAACGUGACAGAGUGGAUCAUAUACUGGUGCAGGAACUGCAUGAAGAGGAAGCUCAGUGGGUGAAUUAUGAUGAGGAUGAGCUACAUGUGAAGAUGCAACUGGCAGAUGGGAUUUUUGAGGCCUUAAUCAGAGAGACAAUUGAUGUCCUUAACCAGAUCAACGAGAAACAGGAGAGAUUUCUGCCCCUGUGA